AUGGCUCAGAACGCUCCAGAUGAGACCCUUUCGCUACUCACGCGACUGAGCCAGAAGCCCGGCGUUCAAAGCACCCUCAUCCUGUCGCGCGAGAACGGUACUAUAAUACGCACUUCCGGUCUCAUAUCGAACAGCUCUUCGGCAAACCCAAACAGUACUCUACCAGCCUCUGGGGAAGCUGCAUCCGACAACUACUCAAACGGCAGGAAAGAAAGCGGGAUACACAGUGCUGAAGACGUUGCAAGCAUGGUCUGGUCAUUCUUGACAGCAGCAGGGAGCCUUGUAGAUGAGCUUGACAAGGAGGACGAGGUCAAACUCCUCAGACUGCGAACAAAGAAGAAUGAGCUGGUCAUCGUCCCCGAUCCCAAAUUCAUUCUCGUCGCUAUACAUGACACCCCUCCAGCAUAG